UCAGCUGAUGCUAAGGCUGCUGAGGCUAACCGGACAAACUGACGGUUCUCCUGCAGCAGAAACGGAGCUGACGGUCAGACAGGAUGCCUUUCUCCGAGCUGUAUUUUAACGUGGACAACGGCUACCUGGAGGGGCUGGUCAGAGGCUUUAAAGCUGGAAUACUGUCUCAGGCGGAUUAUUUAAACCUCGUUCAGUGCGAGACCCUGGAAGAUCUGAAGCUGCACCUGCAGAGCACAGACUAUGGCAGCUUCCUGGCAAACGAGGCUUCUCCUCUCACUGUGUCCGUCAUUGAUGACAAGCUGAAGGAGAAGAUGGUGGUGGAGUUUCGCCACAUGAGGAAUCAGUCGUAUGAGCCACUGGCCAGCUUCAUGGACUUCAUCACGUACAGCUAUAUGAUUGAUAACGUCAUCCUGCUGAUCACGGGCACUCUGCACCAGCGGGCCAUCUCUGAGCUGGUGCCAAAAUGUCACCCCCUGGGCAGCUUCGAGCAGAUGGAGGCGGUCAACAUCGCCCAGACCCCCGCCGAGCUGUACAACGCCAUCCUGGUGGACACACCCCUGGCUGCCUUCUUCCAGGACUGUAUAUCUGAACAGGACUUGGACGAGAUGAACAUUGAAAUCAUUCGUAACACACUUUACAAGGCGUACCUGGAAGCUUUCUAUAAGUUCUGCUCCAACCUCGGAGGAACCACAGCUGACACCAUGUGUCCGAUUCUGGAGUUCGAGGCCGACAGGAGAGCCUUCAUCAUCACCAUCAACUCAUUCGGCACAGAGCUGUCCAAGGAGGACCGUGCCAAGCUCUUCCCCCACUGCGGCAAGCUUUACCCAGAAGGCCUUGCUCAGCUGGCCCGGGCAGAUGACUACGAGCAGGUCAAGGCUGUUGCUGACUUCUAUCCUGAGUACAAGCUGCUGUUUGAAGGCGCUGGCAGCAACCCAGGAGACAAGACGCUGGAGGAUCGCUUCUUCGAGCACGAGGUGAAGUUGAACAAGCUGGCCUUCCUCAACCAGUUCCACUUCAGUGUUUUCUACGCCUACGUCAAACUGAAGGAGCAGGAGUGCAGGAACAUCGUGUGGAUCGCCGAGUGCAUCGCCCAGCGGCAUCGCGCCAAGAUCGACAACUACAUUCCUAUCUUUUAAGCCUACUCUGCCUCUCUCUCCCCAUCCUCUUCUCUUCCCAUCAUCAUUUCAUUCAGUCUUAUGUCUCGUCUCCAGUCUCAGCUCGGUGUUAAAGAUUCUGAUGGUUUGAUGCUAAAUUUUCUCCAUCCUUCACUCCUAGGUGUGAAUUGGUUCUCGACAGCUGAGUUCCUUGUUGUAAUGUGAGCUCCGGUUGUAAAACACAUAAUCAACUGAAACACUGUUUUUAAGUGGAGGAGAAUCACAUGAGCAUGGUCCAGCAGAGGUGGUUGGUACCUGUUUUAAUGAGCUCGCAUGGUAAAGGAGACAACUCAUUUGACUUUCAAACACUUAUUUCUGAUUGUCUAAACUUUGUGACACGCAAUGUGUUGUUUUUUUGGCGGCACGCCUCGUCCAGCUGACUCAACAGCUGCCAGAAAAAACUAAGUCCAGACAGAAAACCCAUGCCACUGGUGAAUCUUGAUAGAUUUUUUUCCCAGAACUCCCAGCACAACAAACACAAACACCUUUUGAAGAUCAUGUUGAUAUUCAGGCGCAUGAAACGACUGAGGUGCAAUAAACUGUAUGUUUUAGAUGAAUCUCCUACUAAAAUCAGUAAAAAGACAACCUCAUAUCAAAGUGGAGAUGAAAACAUUCCUCUGCUCUGCGUCAGUCACCACCAGGUUCUACAUGACCUGUAUUUAUUUCUGUUGUAGUGCUAGGUUAUCUCAGCAUGUCCGCUCAUUACUGUGCUUUUCCCCUGAACCUAACAAGUGAAUUGUGCGAGCUCCACCCCACCACGUCUUAACUAAAUUGUUGUUAGAUAUUAAAAGUACAAAUGGCUGAACAGGAGCUUCCAGUCCUCACCGUCCCUGUUCCUGUGUGAAGUUUCUGUAAAUGAACGUGAGGCAAAAUCUUGAGUAUAUGGCAGAUGUAAUGUUAAUGACUAUGAAAAGGUAUAUAGAUAUUUAAAGAUGACUAUAUGAUUUUGUUUUCUCAUGCUGUAAAAAUUGAUUUAUUGCUGUUUUGAUCUGUUUCUUACUUGUGAAAUGUGUAUUGUUAAUGUGAUUAAAAAAAAAAAAUAAAGUAAACAGACUAAACUGCACUAACGCAGGUCUGGAGAAAUGUAAAAGA